AUGCUCGCGUGCGUCGACUCGAUGAGAGAGAACGAUCUACUCGGCGCGCGAGCGGAGAGGUGCCUUGCCCCCUGCCCUUCAUCACCAUCACCGCAAAGCAUCAGCAUGAUAAGUCCUCGCGCCGUCGUCAGCAUCACCAUCAUCGUCACCGUCUUCACCAGCAUCCUCGCCCCCAUCCUCAUCACCAUCCUCAUCACCAUCCUUGUCACCAUCCUCAUCGCCACCCUCGUCAACAUCAUCAUCAACAACGUCACCUUCUUCUUCAUCGUCGUCGUCAACAUCCUCCCCUUGAUCGCGACGACGCUCUCCGUGCCGGACAACAUCUGCUACAUCGCGGACCAGCUCUUUGUUCGCUGCAAGAAUGGUUGGUACGAGUCCCUCAUCACCAUCAUCACCAUCGUCAUCAUCGUCAUCCUCGGUCGCUGCCGCUUCCCUCGCAGUACGAGGUCGGCGUACUGCGCGUACCUGCUCGAAGGCCUACAACCGCACCGCGGCGGCUUGUCCCAGGCGACCACCGAGUGCUACACGGACAUCGCGGACGAGAGUGCGGCCCGCGUCGCCAUCUCCGGCAUGCCGGCAGCCCACUUCACCGUCGCCUCCUCGGUCGCUGCCGCUUCCCUCGCAGUACAAGGUCGGCGUACCGUCUGCGCGCACCUGCUCGAAGGCCUACAACCGCACCGCGGCGGCUUGUCGCAGGCGACCACCGAGUGCUACACGGACAUCGCGGACGAGAGUGCGGCCCGCGUCGCCAUCUCCGGCACGCCGGCAGCCCACCUUACCGUCGCCUCCUCGGCGACCACCGAGUGCUACACGGACAUCGCGGACGAGAGUGCGGGCGUUCGCGCGGUCACUGUCACGUCUCGGCCCGUCCUCGACAUCGACCCGACCGCCGUCAUCGCCGCUCCAGUCGACGCGGCGUUCGACCCGGCCAUGUCUCACUGCCUGUUCGUGCAUUCCAAUGCAGCGGCCGUGCUGACGCUCACCGUGGUCGUCGCAGGUUCAUCGAUGACGCUCUACACACGCUGGUUUGCUUUGGCGGCCCUCGUGACCGGGUCGCUCUCUGCGUCGGUGCCGGACCAAGCCGGAACCGGGGCGGCCGACCGCAACCUCAUGUUUUCAUCUUUGCCCCCGGAGCCGAAGUGCCCGGAGGAGCCGAAGUGCCCACCAAGGCGGAAGUGUGACGGUGGCGCACACAGGGCGAAUGCCGACUUUUCGUUACCCCGGGAGCGGAAGGAGUGGCGCGAAUUGAGCCCGACCGAAAUCGACAAGUACGCGUGCGCGCUCAAGGUGCUGGACCAGCAUACGACCAAGGAGCUCCGGGAGUGCUACGGCGAGACCGCCUGGUCCUUUCCCGAUCUCGUCAACUUGCACGCCUGCGCAGCAGCGGACCCGCGCGGCGACCAAGGCCACCGCACGCCGGGCUUCAUGUUGUUCCACAAGUCGUACGUGCUGACUUUUGAGGAGGCGAUCCUCGCCGUGGACCCGUCCAUCGGCGCGACCCCGUGGUGGAACAUGGCGCUGGACAGCGCGCCUGUCCUCAACCUCGACGGGACCGUGAAGGUCGCGGCCGGGGAACUCUACUGCCCCACCCUUUCGAACCCGAACAUGACCUACGGCUCGAAAAACGAUGACCCGAAAAGGGCGAACCUCGACAUGGGCCACCCCGAGCGGCAUUGCGACCCGGAGAAGUACAUCUGGUCGUGCAACUACUUCGGCGAGAUGCACGGGUCCGGCCCAAACUUUGAAGUCACGAACGGGCGCUGGGCGUAUCGGAAGAUGCCUCGUUGGUCCGACUUUGACCACGAGUACUGGAUGAAGGACCACAAGUACGGCGUGACCAACCAGUGCAUCACCGACAAGUACCUCAACCCCCGGAGCGCGAACAAACACACAGCGCUCCGCAAGUCUCCAUACUUCUACGGACUCGGACUGGAUAACCAGGCGACCCAGAACUGCGAGCGCUGCUGCGACGCGAACCGGGACGGUAAGAACGGUGCCUGCACGUGCGAGUUUGGCGUGGACCGCGCGGAAACCUACAUGCGCGGGCCGACGCUCGACACAGCGACGUGCUCCCCGUAUGUCACCCGCAACCCGAACGGACGCGGGUCUGGACCCCUUUCCACCACCUUUCCAGGGGUCCAGUUCCCGCAGACCCUGGACAAUUGGCCAGCGAACCAGAACGGGCGAUCGCAGCAGGACUCCCUGAUCCGGUACACGAAGGACGACUUUGACGCGUGCGCCAACUCCAACAACACCCGCAUCUGGACCGAGUGGCAGAACUGCCAGGAGGAGAAUCUUUCCGGCACCCUCGAAGGCGAGUACUGCCCGGCUGACAAGGAUACGUGCACGCAGCAAGACCUCAAGAAGGUGUACGCCCUGCACUCGACGGCACAUGACAAGACGCUGGGCGAGAUUGGCGACGUGACGACCUCGCCGUCGGACCCCGCCCUCUUCUUCUCCUACCACGCCUACAUCGACAAGAACUUCAUGGAGUGGCAGACGAGCAUGAAGAAAGAAGGCCGUUUCGUCGACCAUCACCAUAGGGAGCUUUGGGACCAGAAACCACCGGGACCAGGACUCUCCGCAGACUACUUCGGCUACCCGCGCCAGGUGACCAUCGAAGAAUGGAAUGACACUGUGACGAAAUUCGAAGAUGUGCCCCUCGUCAAGGACCUGAUCUGGAACUCGAACCAGAGGAUGGAACUGAGGGGCUACGUCAAGCCGGUCGAGGAUUUCCGAAACUUUGACCUGCAGCAGUGGAUUGAUCUGCUUGGCGCAAAACAGAGUCCCAACACGCACCAGUUCCCCAACCAAUCAUUUUCGACAAGGUGGCGCGAAGAGGCGACAGGGACACACGAUGACUACAUUGCGAUUUACAAUGCCCACGCUGGCCAUGUGCGUUCCGACGAGGAUGGCUUCAAGAAGUUUUUCAACACCCUGACAGCUGCAGAAGUCUACCCACACUUUCUUGGGCCAGCCUGCUCCAGCGCGGCAAACAACCCGAACGGCAGCACUUCGGACAACACCGCAGAACCCAUCUUCAACCCCAUUUUCUCGAGCAAUUGCAUCCAGCCGACCUUCCCGUCCCCGCAAGAGGGGUCCCUGACCUACAAGCUCACAAACGGCGCCAGGACGUACUCCUCGUCGGGCCCUUUCAUCUACAUGACAAGCUACCGCCCCACGGACUUCUUCGUCCGCGGCAGCCUGGCCGAUCCGACUCUCCCGUGGGUCCCGGGGACUCUCCUCAAAGAUUUCGCCCUUGGCGGGCUCCCGUUCCGCAACCUGUUCCCGACUGACGACGGAGGCGAAUUCGGGUACACAAACAAGGAUAUCAUUGAGUUGAGCCUGCCGUGCUUUCCCGGUCGUUCGCCCGACAACGAAGCAGCGCCAUGCGCGCCUUACAGUUACAGCAACUACAACGGCGAGUCCAAGGACGAGUAGACACUGCCUUGCAGGGUGCCGAAAAAUGCCUUCAGUGGCCACACCCUCUGCCUCAUCCUGGUGCCAAACCCUACAGUUCCGGACGGGCAUUAAGAACUGCGGCGCUCGUAGCCCAGGCUCAGGUUCUUAGCUAUGUCGAAGGCAGGCCGGCACGCGAGCCUCAGGUUCUUAGGGGGGGGGGGGUCCUACGACCGUUGCACGUGCUCUCUCUCGACGACUACGGGCACAACGAGGUGCCCAACGCGUGGGUCUUGCUGGAGGCUGUGUAGGAUAGAUAGGCCGAUAGGCCAGGACAGGGUAGUCCUGCCUCUCGCACGCGCUGCGCAUCAGCGUGUGCUGUAGAUGCGCACUAGCGUGUGCUGUACCGGGUCGUGGGUUCGAGAUGGGUGUCCGACCUAGCCUUAGCCCAGGCUCAGGUUCUUAGUUAGAUGGGCGACAAUCCGCCAAAAUGUAAGCCUC